CAUCCUGAUGCUGACGAGGCAGAGAAGAGUCUCUCCAGAUCAGAACACCAGAUGGACAACGCUAGCCCUUCCUCCCUCCCAGAGUCCCCGUGUCGUGCCUCUCCCGGUAGCACCUUACUGCUGGGUAUGAAGAGGUUGUCUGUGCUGCUGGUGGACUGCAGGAAAACAACAGGGCUGAGUGGAACUGUGAGAGGUGGAGAAGAGAAGAAAGGAUCAGAUUUGACACAUCAAAGAGAAAGACCAGACUCAGAGGAACCAGAGCCAGUGAAGUCCAAACCAGCAAGACAACACCUCUGCUCCCAGUGUGGAAAGAGUUUUAACCAGAAAGAGCACCUGAAAAAACAUGAGAGAAUACACACGGGGGAGAAGCCUUACCAAUGCUCCCAGUGUGGAAAGAGUUUUACCCAGAAAAGCAACCUGAAAAAACAUGAGAGCAUACACACAGGGGAGAAGCCUUUCCAAUGCUCCCAGUGUGGAAAGAGUUCUGCUCACUUAUGUAAACUGAAAACACACCAGAGAAUACACACGGGGGAGAAGCCUUACCACUGUUCCCAGUGUGGAAAGAAUUUUGCCCACUUAUGUAACCUGAAAUCGCAUGAGAGAUUACACACAGGGGAGAAGCCUUACCCCUGCUCCCAGUGUGGAAAGCGUUUUACCCACUCAUGUAACCUGAAAACACAUGAGAUAUUACACACAGGGGAGAAGCCUUACCCCUGCUCCCAGUGUGGAAAGAGUUUUGCCCACUUAUGUAAACUGAAAAUACAUCAAAGAAUACACACAGGCGAGAAGCCUUACCACUGCUCCCAGUGUGGAAGGAGUUUUACCCACUUAUGUAACCUGAAAAGACAUGAAAGAUUACACACAGAGGAAGAGGAGGCUAUCACAGUGAAAGAAGAGGAUGAUAUUACAGUGAAAGAGGAAGAUGGGAAAGAGGUUGUCAGAGUGGAGGAGGAGGAGGAGGAGGAGGUAGAAGCUUUCAGAAUCAUAAAGGAGGAAGAUGAGAAUGUAGUGAAAGAAGAGGAAGAGGAGGCUAUCUCAAUUAAAGAGGAAGACGUCUUGGGAGUGAAAAGGGAGGAGGAGGAGACUGAAGAACUGAUUACCACCAGAGAGAGACAUGACUAUGGUGGAUCCUCUGGGGAGCCUCAACAAUAUCCUGAUGCUGACGAGGAAGAGAAGAGUCUCUCCAGAUCAGAACACCAGAUGGACAACGCUAGCCUGCCCCCCUCCUCCCUCCCGGAGUCCCCGUGUCGUGCCUCUCCCGGUAGCACCUUACAGCUGGGUAUGAAGAGGUUGUCUGUGCUGCUGGUGGACUGCAGGAAAACAACGGGGCUGAGAGGAACUGUGAGAGGAGGAGAAGAGAAGAAAGGAUCAGAUUUGCCUCAUCAAAGAGGAAAACCAAACUUGGAGGAACCAGAGACGUCCAAACCAGCAAGACGACACCUCUGCCCCCAGAUUGGAAAGAGUUUUGGCAAGUUAGGAAGCCUGAAAAGACAGAAGAGUCUCACAGGGGAAAAGCCUUACCACUGCUCCCAGUGUGGAAAGGGUUUUAGACAGCAAGGAAGCCUGAAAGCCCAUGGCCGAAUACAUACAGGGGAGAAGCCUUACCACUGCUCCCAUUGUGGAAAGGGUUUUAGACAGCAAGGAAGCCUGAAAGUUCAUGGCCGAAUACACACAGGGGAGAAGCCUUACCACUGCUCCCAUUGUGGAAAGAGUUUUAACAGGUUAGGAGGCCUAAUAACUCAUGAGCGAAUACACACAGGGGAGAAGCCAUACUGUUGCGCCCAGUGUGGAAAUAGUUUUGGCUCGUUAGGAAACCUGCAAUCUCAUGCACGAUUACACACAGGGGAGAAGCCAUACCAUUGCACCCAUUGUGGAAAGAGUUUUCGCAUGUUAGGAAACCUGCAAUCUCACCUGCGAAUACACACUGGGGAGAAGCCAUAUCAUUGCGCCCAGUGUGGAAAGAGUUUUAGCAUGUUAGGAAACAUGAAAGCUCAUGAGCAAAUACACACAGGGGAUAAGCCUUACCACUGCUCCCAGUGUGGAUCUAGGUUUACCAGGUUAGGAAGCCUGAAAAGACAUGUGGACACACACCAAAGCCUUUCCUUUGCGCCCUGUGUGGAAUGAGUUUUAACCAUUUAGGAAACCUGAAAAGAAUUGAGAGAAUACACACAGGGGAGGUGCCUUUCAUUUGUGCCCUGUGUGGAAUGAGUUUUAGCUUGAUAGGAAACAUGAAAUAUCAUGAUCUAAAUACACCCAGGGGAGAAGCCAACAAAUGUCACUUAUACGUGAGGAUCCACACAGAGAAAAAUAACUUCUCCUACUGUGUAAACUGAUAUUUCACAUCACAUUGACUUAAAAUUCAUCAGAGAACAUACACAGUGCUCCCGUUGUCUUAUAUUGUUGACUGACAAUGUGUUUACCUGUCUUUACCAUAUGAAAUUAAAUGGUACAAAGUAUACUCUAAAAUAUAUUUUAAUGUUUUUAUUAGAAAAUAAAAGUGAAUAUGGAGUCUGUCAGUUUGAAUAUAGAGUAGAUCAGAUUCCAUGUGUUUAAAUGGCUCUCUUGAUCCAAGAUCAGCUCAGUUAAUCUCUUCCAUUGUGACAAUGAGUCAUCAUAAUGCUGCAUCAAAUGUACAUGAUUGUACAGAAACUCACCGGAGUAGGUGAUAGUGGUUGAUUUACUCACUGAAUCCAUACAACCUCCGGUAGUGGUUGUGACAUUUCCGCAUAUUACAGCGAUUAGGUGUCACGCCCUGACCUUAGAGAGCUUUUCUGUUUCUCUAUUUGGUUAGGGUGUGAUUUAGGUGGGCAAUCUAGUUUUCCUGUUUCUUUUGUUCAGCCUGUUCCCAAUCAGAGGCAGCUGUCUAUCGUUGUCUCUGAUUGGGGAUCAUACUUAGGCAGCCUUUUUUCCCACCUUAGGUUGUGGGAUCGUGAUUUUGUAUAGUUACUGUGUAGCAGAACUUUACGUUCAUUUUGUUGUUUUUUUGGUGUUCAUUUGAAAUAAAAGUAAGAUGGCCUA